AUGGAGAAAAUGAGAUUGGAGUACCAGUUGAAGUUGAAAGAAAUGGAGUUAGCUCAUGCAAAUACUAACUCUGUAAAAGAUAAAUCUCCCCAAGGUUUUGAUGUGGCGAAAAACAUUCGCCUUGUGCCAAAAUUUGAUGAAGAGGGAGUUGAUACAUAUUUUGUGUCAUUUGAAAAAGUGGCCAAGAGACUGAAUUGGCCCGAGGAAUACCGGACUCUUCUCCUCCAAAGUGUUUUUGUUGGAAAGGCUGCAAAAGUAUAUUCUUCGCUCUCUGAAAUGCAAUCAUGUGACUAUGCUACAGUGAAAGAAACAAUUCUCAAUGCAUAUGAGUUUGUACCAGAAGCGUACAGAAAUAAAUUUAGGAACAUGCAAAGACAAUCAGGCCAGACUUAUGUUGAAUUUGCUAGGGAACAAGAAAUGAUGUUCGAUAAGUGGUAUAGAUCACUGAAAGUUGACAAAGAUUUUGUUCACCUUAGGGAAGUUGUCCUCCUAGAAGAAUUCAAAAAGAGUGUUCCUUUUGGCAUUAAAUCUCACUUAGAUGACCACAGAGUUACUGAAGUCAGUAAAGCAGCCAUAGUAGCUGAUGAAUUUGAGGUCACACAUAAAGGUAGUAGAGAUAGGCCUCCUUUGACGAAUUAUUGGAAAAAGAAAGGUAAAGGGUCAUUUGAAUCCCACAAUAAACCUAGUGAGGGAAAAUAUGCUAGCACGGACAAAGACACUAACAAGAAUCAGGCUAGUGGGGGCACAGAAUCAACCAAAAGGUUUGAGAGUCGUAGUUCCAAAAUUUGUACUCAUUGUCAUAAAUCGGGACAUUUGAAAGAAUCAUGUUGGAAAUUGGUUGGAAUGCCAACCAAAGUUAAGAAAGACAUGGGUUUUGUCAAGCAAACAAGUGUUCCCUCGAUGGAGUUUGUCCCAUCUGAGCCCAAUCGAGAUGUUGAGAGUGUUUCUCUGGUAUUUGCUGAUAAAGUCAAGCAGGUUGAUGAAACCUUUAGAAGCUUUUUGUAUGAUGGUGAGGUAUCCCCUUGUUCGACUGGUGCUGCUGGUAGGUCAGUGGUGAUCCUUAGGGAUACAGGGGCCGCACAGUCCCUGAUGGUGCCAGGGGAUUCGGCUCUUCCUCCGGAGAGUUCAGAGAAUGCCAAAGUCUUAAUUCAAGGUAUUGGCCCAAAUUUUAUGUCGGUUCCUUUGCAUAAGGUCGACUUAAGGUGUGACGUAGUUAAUGGUCCUGUGACUGUUGGUGUCGUUCCAGAAUUACCCAUGGAAGGUGUUGAUUUCUUGUUAGGUAACGACUUGGCUGGAGAUAGAGUUGUUGCAUCUCCAGUGGUUUCGGAGAAGCCCGUUGAGGUAGCUGAAACUGAAUUGUUGCAGGAAGAUUUUCCAGGGAUUUUCCCGGAUUGUGUUGUUACUAGGUCUCAGACUCGUAGAGCUGAAAAGGAUGAUGCGGAAUCUGCUGAUGUAGAGGAGAGUACUGAUGUCUGGUUAGCUGAAACCUUUUUCAAGGAUUUGAAUGGGGAUAGUGUUGAAGGCUCUGUUGCUAACAAUGAUAGUUUGUUUAGUAAAUCCUCCCUUGUACAGGCACAACAGGCAGACCCAGAAUUAAAAAGCUUGUCACAGAAAGCAUGUUCUGAGGCUGAGGCUGAUAAGGUUCCUGGGUGCUUUUAUGUCAAAGAUGACAUUUUGAUGAGGAAGUGGAGACCUCCCCGGAGACCAGCUGAUGAAGAUUGGUUUAUAAUUCACCAGGUAGUAGUUCCUCCCUGUUACCGCACAUAUAUUCUGAAAAUGGCUCAUGAUUUACCUAUGGCAGGUCAUGUCGGUAUUCGGAAGACAGAAGAUAGAAUUAUGAGGCAUUUCUAUUGGCCUAAGAUGCACAAAGAUGUUGUGCAUUUUUAUAAGACAUGUCACACAUGUCAGAUUAUUGGCAAGGCACAGCCUUCUAUCAAGCCUGCUCCAUUGAUACCCAUUCCUGCAUUUGAUGAACCUUUUACUAGGGUUCUUGUUGAUUGUGUUGGACCGUUACCCAGAAUGAGGUCGGGUCACAGAUUUCUCCUGACGAUUAUGGACUUGUCUACACGUUUUCCAGAGGCGAUACCUUUGAGAAGUAUCACUGCAAAGGCAGUGGUACAAGCGUUACUGCAGUUUUUCACUCGGUAUGGUCUGCCUAAGGAAAUUCAGUCUGAUCAAGGGUCAAAUUUCAUGUCAGGAAUAUUUCAGCAAGUUAUGAAGGAGUUGGGAAUAAAGCAGAUCAAGUCCUCUGCUUGUCACCCACAGUCCCAAAGAGCGUUAGAACGCUAUCAUCAGACCUUGAAGACUAUGAUUAGGGCUUAUUGUGAAGACUAUCCCGAUGACUGGGAUAAAGGGAUCUCAUUCCUACUGUUUGCAACUAGGGAUUCCCCUAAUGAGUCCACGGGUUUCAGUCCAUUUGAAUUGGUCUAUGGUCAUGAGGUUAGGGGUCCCUAA